GUAAAAAAAAAAUAAAAAAUAAAAAAAAAAAUUGGUCUUUCUGAAAUUAUUUUUAGCAUUAUCAGCAAAAGGUAGAGAGUCAUUUUGGAAGGUAGUGCUUAAAAGUAUGGUUGUACUUGUUCUUCUUGCAGCCAAUAGAGAUAAUAGACCUCUUCGUGUUCAUGAACAAACUCUUUCAAUUUUCUGUUUAAAUUAUACUGAAUAAUAUGAUGAGAGAUAAACAAAAACAUGCUUAAAAGGCAAGCUAUCAAAUGUUUGGAGUUUUUGGGGAAAAAAGUAUGUGCAAUGAAGGGUAAAGAGUGUACUGUAGUAUAACCCACAAGUUUUAAUGCUUUAUCUUUUGUGCAAAGUGUCUUUCUGUUCAGUCAUGUCUGAGAACUCAAUGUACAAAAAUGUUUAAAUGGAAACUGCAGGAGCAGAAUGGUUUCUUGAACAGGAGUUGUACUGAACAACCAGGUAAGGUAAUUUUCAAAGGUAAACUCAUUACUUAUUUCGCUUUAUGUAGGAGUGCCAAUCAUUAAAAGCAUUUGUUUUUUUUUCCUUCUAACUGUUCAGCAUCAUGAUCCUCGUCUUUGUGUUUCAGAAGAACAGUUUCAAUCAUAAGCUUUGACAUGAAGAACCCUUUUCUGUACGAGUUCGCUUCCAUAUUGCUUCUCUGCCUUAAGCUGAGAAUUAACAAACUUGAGAAUUAAACAAACCUAAAAAUCUGCCUUUUGUAUCAAUACACAAAAUAUUGUGUAAAUAGCAAUGGUAUUGCUAUUUAGUUUGCUGAUUAUUACAAGCCUGGGCUGGAUUUUUUAUUUUUUUUUUUGCCUUUCUGAGAUAUAGCUUAGUUAUUGGCUGGAGUGAAUCCUCGGAUUAAAUGCGUUUCUGACAUAGAUUCCAGUUUACAGCCUACGUGGGCUGUGAUGCAUUAGGAAAUUAAUACACAGCAGCUUUCAGUUUUGUAUUUGUAUUGCUAACCAAGGAAUGAGUUAACCUGUAGGACUUCCAUCUCUGCUACAUCAUAGUAAUUUAUUUUUCUCAACUUUUUUGAUGUUUCUUAAGUUGAAAGCUGGAUGUUUCUUGUGUUGCACUGGAAAUCUGGUAAGGAACAAUAAAAGACUAAGGCUACAAUGUUCUGCAUUGUAAUUUGUAGGCAUGGUAACUGAAGACGGACCUGAAAAGCUGGAUGUCCUAUUAAGGGGGAAAGUUGCUGGGAAUAAGAAACCACUUAAGUGAGAGACCAAGUGUGCUUUUUAUGCAAGAAAAGGGUUAAGGGGAUUUGUUCUCCCUGGUAAUGAGUAGUUCUAAGGUUAGGUUUCUGCGGAUUAGAAAGGAGGGAUGUCCAUAGAUUAGCUAGGGCAGUGAGGAUACUUGCUUUACUAACAUCCAACAAAUAUUCUUUCUCUCCAGAAACUCUACAAGAGCUGAACAUGGUAUAUUCUGCACCAUUUGCAGUUCGGCAUCUGUCUUUGUGAACCCUACUUGGCGUGGAUGCUCUAGUCAAAAACAUAGAUGGAAUCACCUGGAAUGAAAGAAAAAAUGGAGAUGCCAACAGUCUGCAGUCAGGAUAAUGGUUUAUCUCAUGUUCUGACUCUAGUGCUACAAGAACUGAGUUUGCUCUGUAAAAGAGAUGUGAAUGGUGUUGGCGUGUUGUAUGACCUGCUCAGAUCUCGCUGGCUGCAAGCCCUUUUAAAGAUUUAUGAAUGCCUCCAAAACUACCUUGGAAAAAGACCAGUUCCUGUCACGCUGCAGGCACGUGCAUUGAAUCGUGAGGUGGUAGAGAUGCUUUAUGAAGCCCCUCCAUCUGGAGAUAUCAAAGAACUAAGACGAUUGCUGAGGGCUCCUCACUUAAGGGCCUUGCUAUCUGCUCAUGACACUGUGGCCCAGAAAGAUUUUGAACCAACACUCCCACCACUGCCAGACAACAUACCUGAGAAUGAGGAAGCCAUGAGGAUUGUCUGCUUAGUGAAAAACAACCAGCCUCUGGGUGCCACUAUUAAACGGCACGAGAUAACAGGUGACAUAACAGUUGCCCGUGUGAUCCAUGGUGGGCUAGCAGACAGAAGUGGGUUGCUCUAUGCUGGAGACAAAUUAGUGGAAGUAAAUGGAGUUUCCGUUGAUGGACUUGAGCCUGAACAAGUUAUUAAUAUUCUGGCUCUUUCUCAAGGAACAAUUAUGUUCAAGUUGAUUCCGGUUUCUGAUCGUCCUGUCAGCAAUCAAACAACAAUGUAUGUGCGAGCAAUGGCAGAUUACUGGCCAUUACAAGAUCCUGCCAUACCAUGUGCUGAUGCAGGUUUGCCUUUCAAGAAAGGUGAAAUACUCCAGAUAGUGGACCAGAAUGAUGCUCUGUGGUGGCAGGCUAGGAAAGUAUCAGAUCUCAGUGCAUGUGCUGGACUGAUACCUUCAAACCAUCUUCUUAAAAGGAAGCAGCGAGAAUUCUGGUGGACUCAGCCCUUCCAGCCCCACUUCUGUCUCAAGUCAUCAUUGUUAAGCACUGUGGAAGAAGAGGAUGACAUGCAGAUUGAUGAGAAGUGUGUGGAAACAGAUGAAGAAACAUUUGAGUCUGAGGAGCUUAAAGAAGAAGAGGAAGAAUUCGGUGAAUUUGGUCAACGAGUCUUCAUUGCUGGUUUCCGCAGAAGUAUGCGCCUGUGUCGCAGGAAGUCCCGGGCCAACCAGCAGUCAUGUUAUGCUCGAUGUCCCAGCAGCUGCUGUACCGCUUUUGCAGCUCCAUAUGAGGAGGUGGUUAGGUACCAGAGGCACCCAGGAGAUCGGAACAGACUAAUUGUACUAGUGGGUCCUGCAGGAGUGGGUGUGAAUGAGUUAAGGCGAAGGCUUAUUGCAAGCAACCCACGAGAGUUUCAAAGCGCUGUGCCUCACACCACUCGAGUUCAGAAGAGCUAUGAGAUGAAUGGUCGUGAAUAUCACUAUGUAUCAAAGGAAACUUUUGAAAACAUGGUAUAUAGCCACAGAAUGCUGGAAUAUGGGGAAUACAAAGGGUACCUGUAUGGCACCAGCAUUGAUGCAGUGAGAGCAGUCCUCGAUGAAGGGAAGAUCUGUGUAAUAGAUUUGGAACCACAUGGCAUCCAAAUAGCCCGGACACAUGAAUUAAAGCCCUAUAUUAUAUUCAUCAAGCCGUCCAGCAUCAGCUGCAUGAGACAAACUCGUAAAAAUGCCAGAAUCAUUACAGAUUAUUAUGUGAACAUGAAAUUCAAGGAAGAAGAUCUACAGGAGAUGGAGGAUUCUGCUAAGAAAAUGGAAGCUCAGUUUGGUCAGUUCUUUGAUCAAGUGAUUGUGAAUGACAACUUACAAGAAGCAUCUGCUCAGCUGUUGUCUGCAGUCCAUCAUGCACAGGACGAGCCCCAGUGGGUCCCUGCAAUAUGGAUAUGCUCAGAUACUCAGACAUAAUUCAGAGUGGCAGGCAGCUCCAUGAAGAUUACAGAUUAUGUUUUACUUCAAGAAUAAUCCUCACGUCAGGAUUGUGAGAAUUUAUCUUCGUAUGCAAGGGAUUUGGAAGAGGAUUAGGAAAGAAGCUGCUAUAGGAGAUAUAAUCAUACUAUGUUGUGUGUAACUGUUUAGCUUUUAUGCUACAAUUACACUUUUGUACAAAAAGGAAACACUGAGCUAUCCACUACAAGAAUAAAUAAAUCUAUUUUGUUGCACGUAUAAUUUACUCAUUGGUGUCCAACCUUUUGGCUUGCUUGGGCCACACUGAGUGAAGAGGAAUUGUGUUGAGCCACAUAUACAGAGGCUGCUUUGAGAGUAAUGACUCCUAUUUCACUUCUGUGGAAACUACAGCAGAUAAGAGCACAACAAUGUUAUUUAAUAGUGCUUUGCAGCUGAGAAUUUAUUUUUCACUGUGAUCACCACUGUUCGUUAUGCAUUUUGUCAGUGAUGAACAAGAGUCUGCGUGUUAUGCUCAUCAAAACCUGCAGCAGCAGAGGUGCCCCACUGUCACUGCUGCUGAAAUGCACCACCCACUGCCCUACCGUGUUCACAUCCCAUUUGGCCUCCAUUAAUGUUCAGCAAGCGUUAAUGAAAGUCAAUAGGUGCCAUUUUUUCCAUGUGGAGGAAUUCAGUGAUGCUUUUGCUUCAGAUGCCAGUUUGUCAGACUGCCUCUGCUGCUCCCUGUCACACGGCAACAACAGGGAACGGAAUACUGGUAGGAAGGUUCACCUCCAUCACCUCCACUGCCAUACCACCACCAUCUGCUUCUGACAUUGUGGGCCAGCACAAUGAAAUAGCAGGUGUUACUUUCAGAGCAGCCUUCAUAACAUAUGCAGUACAGUUACUGUAUAAGAAAUCAAAUGUUCCAGUGUUUUUAUUAAAACAUUUUUAUUUUUUUUUUAAAGAGUAACGAAAACCUCAAACCAAUGGGAUGUGUUCUUGUUUUUGUGAAGCUCAGCAUGUGGUAAGAGAGGGCUUAAAAAAGCCUGGUAAAGAGAUAUGAUGACCAAACUAUUCUUUGGAGUGAAUGCCUGAUUGCAGCUGUUGGAAAUUCACAGGUUAUACAUUUGUGUCAACUGAAAAUGCAGUCAUAAACAUACCAAAACAUUCAUGAUUCUUUGUUUGGUUUUUUUGUUUGUUUGGUUGUUUUUUUGGUUUUGUUUUUAAGUUGAGUUAGUGCUGCACUGCAUCCUCCAUGUCCCACACCAGCCCAGGCAGUGCUGAUUGCACACCGAUAUGUGGUUGUUGUGAGCAGUGGGUGCACACCUGAGGUCACUUGGGCUGCCACAGUAUUUUAGCAGGGCUUGGCUUUUAUUCCAUCAACUCAAGUGACUGAAAACUGACAAAAUAUGGAUUUAUUAUAGAGGAAAAUCAUAUCCAAAGCCCCUUUUCUUAUUGGUUUGAGUCAAGGCAGCACGUUCUCUUCACCAAAGAGUACAGUGACUAUGGCUAACAAAUUCCUCACUCUCUUCAUCUCACAUUACAGGUUUAUUGGACUCAGAGGAAACAACUUAUCCUGUCGGCCUGGUUCCUCCUGGAGAAAAUCUACUGGAGGAGGUUGCGCUGCCUAUAAAGAAGUUAUUCAUGUAGUAAGCCUGCUCUUGCAGCUAGCACUGUGCCAGCUUAUAGUGAAGUCAGAGCGGGGUCCUUGGCAGGAAACACACUGGAAAGCAGAGCCCUGCAUGGCCCUGGAAUGGGCGCCCUCCACGUGCCCUCCCCCCAGUGCCAAGUGGAAACCAGGAUGACAUUCCACUCAGUCGUCCCAAAAAAAGAAAGCCCAAAG